AUGAAGCUUCUGUCUUUCCUCACACUCGGCUUCCUCGGCGGAGCUCUGGCCCAGCAGCAGUGCCCUGGCAGCUGGUAUCUGCAGCCAGACGACUGCAUCUGCAUGCGAAGCACCGACGGCGCCUUGCUCAAGGAUCAGACCUUCAUCUGUUGCAGACAGCUGGGAUACAAGACCUAUGACAACAUCUGCGCCGUCGAUCGAAACAUGCGUCAGACCUUCAAGGAUUGCUGCAAGGGCUUGAAGCAGGAGAGCGUCAUUGGGCAUUGCCGCUGA